AUGGCGUCCGACAGUGCCGCCAGACGCUCGCAGCAGCUCGCCGUGGUUUCCGCGUCCGCGGAAGCCGCCGCAGUGGACAUUGCGCCUCCCGCCUCCGGGCUUGCCUCGUCACCUCCCGCCGCCAUUGUCGUUGCGGCGCCAGCUGCUGCUCAACCGCCGCUAUCCGAAAUACAGGCGAGUCGGGUUCAAUCCCCUCUGGUGGCGUUAAUUGACAAAGGCAGCGACGCAGCCCGUCCCCCUCUGGUCAACCCCCCUGUAACGUCCCCCUGGGCGCGCGCGCGCGAGCAGGUUCCGGAGGAGGACGAGCGGCUCGAGCCAUGGCUGGCGCACGUGUCGGUGCUCGUGCACCUCGCCACCUUCGCCAUCAUCGGGGUGCUGAUCCGGUACGGGCUGGAGGUGCUGUUCGGGCCGGAGGUGGCGCACGUGACGGACGACGAGCAGACCGUCUUCAUCGACCUGCCCGCCAACAUCGCGGGCAGUUUCAUAAUGGGCAUGGUGGGCGUGGCGGCGAAGCGGCACAUAGCGGCGUAUUCGGAGCACCUGGCCAUCGGGCUCUCAACGGGGCUGUGCGGCUGCAUCACGACGUUCGCGUCGUGGAAUCAGCGCAUGCUCGCCAUCCUCGCCUCCGGCCUCUGGGUGCGCGCGCUCGCCGGCUACAUCGUCGGUGCCGCGCUGCCCUUCGUGUCGCUCAUGGCGGGGAUCGACUUGGCGGAUGGCAUCAAGUGGCAGAUCAAGCGCGCCAACGACCGCCGCACCGCGCACGGGAAACCACCCCUGCGCGCGCCACGCGGGGACCACUUUGACCGGCGGUGGGCGUCGCUGCUGCUCUUCUUCUGCCUCUCCGUCUUCCUCGUCACCGCCGCCGCCAUCGGCACCGCGCUCGACGACUGGUCGUCCAAGACGCGCCGUCUCUGGUUUGCGUGCGUGGUGGCGGCGCCGGGCGCGUGGCUGCGCUGGUACCUGUCGUGGUUGAACGGCGGGGCGGUGGGCAAGGGGCGGUGGUGGCAGUGGGUGCCUGUGGGCACGGUGGCUGCCAACGUGAGCGCGUCCGUGCUGGAGGCCGCCCUCUCUACCGUCGUGCUCACUUACAACAACGAGGUGAGUGUGCUGGCGGUUGGAGCGCUACAGCUGGGGUUCCUGGGGUCACUGAGCACCGUGUCAACGCUCAUGGUGGAGGUCCUCGCGCUGCAUAAGGCCAAGACCGGCCGCUGCUGGCGCCCCUACUUCUACCUCUACUGCAUCACCAUCCUCCCCUCCUUCCUCAUUGGCAUACUCGUCUACUGCUUGCCCGUCUGGGUGCUCGACUACACCUCCAAAUACAACCACUUAUAA